AGGCCCGGCUGGGCCGGGGCCCGGGCUUCGCGCCGGGCAGCCGCUGGCUCCCGCGCUGCCCGCUGCCCCCGCUGACCACGCUGCCGGAGCCUCCGACCUGGGAGCCACCGGAGCCUCCGACCUGGGAGCCACCGGCCAGGCUUGCGAAGAAGCCCCUCCCCUCCUCGGCGGAGCUGCGGGGACAGAAUUCGGACAGUGCACAGCAAGGACAGCUUGGCUCUGCCUCACAAUGUCUGAAGCCUUAGCAAGAAGAUUUGAAGGCUCAGGACUGGAAUCUUCCUGAGGGUUUAUUUACUCCCGUGUCUGGUGGUUGAUGCUGGCUGUUGACUGAGAUCUUAGCUUUGGAUAUCAGCUGGAAUCUUUACGUAUGGCCUCUCCAUGUCACCUGGCUUCCUCUCAAAGUGGCAACUGGGCUUCAAAGCCUCUCAUUUUCAUCAGCACUAUUGAAAGAAGAAGAAAAAAUGUCAGUGUUAUCUCCUGAAAUCAAAUUUGAUACUUCUGAAGUACCCAGAAAUUCCCUUGACAGUGGUUUUGUUUUUGAGAAUAGUUGGAGGAAAGCAGUUUUGGAAACACAAAAGAUAAGGAAAGAAUACACCACAGCAUUUGGUCUAGAAGAGGUCAAAGGAUGUGUCAAAAUGCCAUAUUUACCAGGAUUGCGAAGUUACUGCAAAAAUGUAAGUUCGACUCCACUAGAUGUUCGUAAAAGACUGCUGCGUGGGGAUGCUGAGAUGCCUGCAAUCAGGAUAAAGAAGGUUGAGGAGACAUCCACCAUGGCACCACUUCGGGAGAAAUCGAAAGGUAAAGCUGGCUCAUUCUUUUUUUUUCCACUACACAUCUUGGGGUGCCACAUACUUAUCUCUUUUAUUUUUUAAAUUUCCUUUCUUUUC